AUGAAUGUAAAAGGGUACGUGGGGAUGGACGCAGAGCCAAAAGGGUUAGAAACUUCACUGCAACAUUUGCUCGAAGUCCACCAUCACAAAUCUCUCGUCCUUGCCCAUCACACAGAGAAAGCCAAGAAGGACGCCAUCAGGAAAACCGACCGCGUUUCUGAUCUGUUGGUGGAAGCAGUGAAUGGUGGGGUGCAUGACUCCUUCAUCAACCAGAAGCGAAUUGAGCUCGAAAUUCGAACCCUUGCUGCUACCAUCACAAGGUUCAUGAAGCAAACUGAUCAGUGGCUCGCUUCCACUCAUGCCCUCAACACUGCUCUCAAGGAAAUUGGAGACUUUGAGAACUGGAUGAAGAUCAUGGAAUAUGAUUGUAAAAGUAUCACCACAGCUAUACAGAAUAUUCACCAAGAGUGA